UUUAUAAGAACGCACUCAUCAACACUACACGUAUUUGGGCACCCAACACCCUUCCUCCCAUCCAACGAUGGAUUCCGGCAGAGCUAUUUACAGGCAAUCAGCCUCUCGUCUAACCGUAGUUGCACACUUGUUUGGCAUCUUGGCUUUCAUUCUCAUGCUGGUUUGGUUAUUGCAUUAUCGUGGGGGUAUCGAGUAUCAUUCUGACAAUCCUGAUCGUGUUUUCAAUGCUCAUCCAUUUUUUAUGUUCUGUGGAUUCAUAUUUCUUGUUGGUGAAGCUAUGAUGGCAUACAAAACAGUAUUAUCGCGAGGGAUCGUAAAGAAAUCUAUCCACAUGAUACUUCAUCUGAUCGCCUUAUGUCUUGGUAUUGUUGGCAUAUGUGCUGUUUUCAAGUAUCAUGAUAUGAUCCAUGCCGAGGAUGUUUAUAGCUUGCAUUCAUGGAUUGGCUUAGUCACCUUCUGCUUAUUUUGCUUGCAGUGGGUUCUGGGCUUCUCUGCGUUCAUGUUUCCAAAAGCUUCGCCAGGUACAAGGGCAAGUAUGCUUCCAUGGCACGUUAGUGGGGGAAGGGCACUGUUAUACAUGGCGAUAUGUGCAGCCCUAACUGGGUUGAUGGAGAAAUCUACAUUCCUCAAUCUAAAGAAUCACAGGGAGGCUCGUUUGAUUAACUUCACUGGACUCUUUGUCCUUCUCUUUGGCAUAUUCGUUGAUCUCUCGGUUGCUCUUGCCCGUUAUGUGUGACUUUUCUGUACUCUGCCUCUCUGGUCUUUCACCGUUUAUUUUUUGAUUUGUGAUUGGUUUGUGAUCUUUUUUUUCGGUGUGUGGGUAUGAAUAUAUUAAAAUUUUAUA